UUGACUCGAGUUUCCUAUUUCCGUCGUCGUGUGGUCAUCGUCCUUCGUCGUUUACGCAACAGGGUUGAAGUUGAGAGCUGCGAGCAGUUCCUGUCGGUUUUACGAUAACUUCAACCAGAAGAAGCGACAAUGCUGCGUGUUGUGGCUGGACGAGCUGGAGCGGCUCUCCGACAUAAUCUCCUGCAGCGCACGACGACUGUCGCCGUCGUAAACUCCAGAGCUUCUCACGGCCCCACCGAGACCGAUGAAGAAUUCGACACCAGGAUGGAGAACUUCUUCAAUCGCAAGGACAUCGAUCACUGGGAAAUUCGAAAAGCAAUGAAUGACCUGGCUGGUAUGGAUCUGAUUCCCGAACCCAAGAUCAUUUGCGCAGCAUUAAGAGCCUGCCGGCGAUUAAACGAUUUCGCACUUACCAUUCGAUUCUUGGAAUCCAUCAAGGAAAAGUGUGGAAACGAAGUGAAAGUGAUCUAUCCUUACAUCCUGCAAGAGAUAAGACCGACAUUGGAUGAACUGGGUAUCAAUACUCCCGAAGAGUUGGGCUAUGACAAGCCCGAAUUAGCUCUUCAGUCUGUUUACGACAUCCAUUAAAUUGGAGCCAGUCGGUCGUAAGCUUGAUACCAUCAAGAACUCGUCACUGCAAUCUAGUUAAAUUCUACACUUUGCAUUAAGUUCAUUAAUGUACGAACUAGGUAUAUGUUGUUCAUAAUUUAAAUAAACACAUUCAUUAAAACGUU